AUGCCUGAAAACAAUGCAGUGAUAGGCCUUUCAUGGGAACCUAAACUACCUGGAUUUUCAUCUACAUCCACUUCGACAUCUGGCUCUGCCAAAACCAAGAAUUCCUCCUCCAAUAAUGCUGAAACCAGUGCCCUCUACAAGCCCAGUUCGGAUCUCAUUGACGGUCUCUUUGUUCCUCCUAACGACCCCAAAAAGCUCAAAAAAUUGUUAAAGAAACAAAUUAAAGACACUGCUGGGAAAAACUGGUUUGAUAUGCCCGCCCCAGUUCUCACGCCGGAGCUGAAGAAAGAUCUUCAGCUGUUGAAGUUGAGGAGUGCCAUAGAUCCAAAGAGGCAUUAUAAGAAGGGCGACUCAAAAUCAAAAACACUUCCCAAGUAUUUCCAGGUUGGGACUGUGAUUGAAUCGGCAGAAGACUUCUACACUGGUAGACUUACUAAGAAGGAGAGAAAAGCAACCCUUGCUGAUGAGCUGCUUUCUGAUCAUAAACUUGGCAUAUAUAGGAAACGCAAGGUCCGAGAGAUUGAAGAAGUGAACCGACCAGGUGGGGUAGCCAAGUGGAAGAGAAGUGGCGGCAAACGAUACAAGCAUGCAAUAGCUGGAAGGAAAAAAGGGCACUGA